ACACCUUCAAAGUACUGAAACGACGAGUUCAAGUAGUUUAAUAACAACAAAACACAUGAAUGCCCAAAUGAACGUUGAAUCCAAAUAAUAUCUCCAGUCCAGAGCUGCACGCGCACUAAGAGCUCGUGCUGCUGCUGACCGACUCGCCUGCUAGUGUGCUAUCCCAUGACUCCAGUGUCAGAGGUCAGAUGCAUAUGUGUCCUGCUGCUGUCGUCCAGUAGAAGACUAUGCGUGGAGUGAUCUGUGGACCGAAACUGGCUGUUUGUGGGGUCGUGUUGAGUGUGUCAUCAUGUUAAAACGAGUGGAGAGAGAGCUGCAGAUGUACCAGGACGUUCCACCGAUACUUAUGUCUGACGACCCUGCUGCAUGGUGGUGGUCCGGUGGAACCAACAAAAGACUUAUCCUUUGCUGUCAGAUCUCGCUUUCUCCUAUUUAUGCGUUCAGGCUUCUUCCACACCCAGCGAACGUGUAUUUUCCACAGCAGGAGACACUAUCUGUCCAGAACGCUCACGCAUCCUGCCUGAGAAGGCGCAUAUGGUCACUUUCCUAAACAAGAAUUGUCUCUGAUUUUAUACUGUACCUGCUGCUAAUCUGGACUGGGUUUUGCAAGUUGUUUCUUAUUGUUUAUUUGCUUUUCUGCACCAGGUUAGCCCAUCAGUGGGAGUACGGUAACAUUUUUAAGUACCUGCAGCAUCAUACACUUGUGUGUGUAAAGGUGUUUUCAUGAGGUUUCCUGCAGCAUCAUACACUUAUGUGUAAAUGUGUUUUCAUGAGGUUUUCAAAAAUAAAGCUCUCUUGAGGAAAGUGUACCCCAGGGAAAAUGUAUUCAUAAUUUAUAAUAUUUAUAUUCAAGUUCAUAGAUUUGAUAUUUAUAUUCUAGUUGAAAACAGCCCUGUGAGGAAUUUAUAGUAAAGUUCAUAAAAAGUUAAUAGAAUUAAAAUUUAUAUAUCAAUGAUGAAAUCUUAACAUUGCAACACAUGCCAAUACGGCCGGGUUAACUUAUAAAGUGCAAUUUUCAAUUUCCCGCCACACUUCCGCUUGAAAACGUCUCGGUAUGAUGACGUAUGCGCGUGACGUAGCCAGUUUAACAGAGGUAUGGCUUCCCUAUUGAAGCCAAUACGAAAUAGCUGUUUUCAUCUCAUUAUUCCACAGUAUUCUGGACAUCUGUGUUGGUGAAUCUGUUGCAAUUUGUUCAUUGCAUUAUGGAGAAAGAAGCUGAGCAAGCAAAGAAUAAAGUUGUCGGUGCAAAGCGGAUAUUUUGCGAGGGAAGUCAGCAACACAACACAGCCGGUGUUUGUUUACAUUCCCGAAAGAUGCAGUCAAGAUCGAAGAACUCGGACAACAGAGACUCUAACCAGGAGGACUUUGAUUUGGAUACACAGACGCGAUACCGUGAGUACGUAGCUGCGCUUCCAAACAUUUGAUCGCUUGCUAUAACUAGCUCGAGCUAGUAGCUAGUAGCUAGGAGCUAGCAUAACAAACACCUAGGUGUUUGUUAUGCGGGAUUAAUUUGUGGCAUAUUAAAUAUAAGCCUGGUUGUGUUGUGGCUAAUAGAGUAUAUAUAUGUCUUGUGUUUAUUUACUGUUGUAGUCAUUCCCAGCUGAAUAUCAGGUCACCCCCGGCUCUCACAGCAUCUUCCCUAUCUGAAUCGCUUCCACUCCCCACUAGUCGUUCACUUGCAUUUUCCUCAUCCACAAAUCUUUCAUCCUCGCUCAAAUUAAUGGGGAAAUCGUCGCUUUCUCGGUCCGAAUCUCUGUCACUUCUGGCGGCCAUCAUUGUAAGCAAUAGGGAACUUUGCGGAUAUGUUCAAUUGACUACGUCACGCUACUUCCGGUAAAAGUUGCGAUAUUUAUCGUCGUUGUUUUAUACUAAAUCCUUUCAGCAAAAAUAUGGCAAUAUCGCGAAAUGAUCAAGUAUGACACAUAGAAUAGAUCUGCUAUCCCCGUUUAAAUAAAAAAAAUUCAUUUCAGUAGGCCUUUAAGUUAAAUAAAUAAAUCAUCAAAAACCUGACCGACCGUGUAGACAACUUGGUGGAGCAAUAUGAGCGAAUCCCUUCUAGUCUUCAUUCACUAUCCCAACUAAUGGUGAGGAGGCCCAUAACUCAAAUGUUUGCACACAACCUAAAGUAUAGCAGUAGCCAUGUGACAGCUUAUUUCAAAACACUCGUAAGUUGGUGUACUCUUAAGUCGAGGUACCAUUGUAAUUGAAAAAUGCAGGAGUUGUUUGACCUAACAUAGUUAUUUACACAUGUUGCAAUCUUUGUAGAUUUUUGUUGCUAACUGGUAAUUGGAUGCUUUGGAGUUAAACUUAACUUAUUUGUGCCCGUUCAUUUGGAAUCUCAUUAUUAGUCAUCACGCUUUGAUGACAAAAAGGUGAUGAUGUCAUGCUUUCAUGACAAAAUGUGCCGAUGUCAUGCUUCGAUCUCUUUUGCACGGCUCAGAUCAAACAGGCGAAAGCAAAGGUUUGUGAUUGUCCACGAAUACUGUUUUCCUAAAACAAAAUGUACUUCGGCAAGGGAUGAAGGCCAUGGAAGCAAAAAUGGCGGCGAGUUUCAACAAAGCUCAUCUGCGAAAAAUCACAGAGAAGAGCCAGUUGUCCCCAUACGGUAUUCUUGACCUUCUCAACACUCAGAAAUGCCUGAAAGAUUUUUUUGUACAACGGGGGUUGUUUGGCGACCAUCUGAACAUGUCGGAAGUAAACCAGAAUAUGACCUUAAGCCUAAUGGACAAAGAGAGGGAUGACAAAAUCAACAAUAUCAUCAAGAGCAUCGUGGAGAAGAGCAUAGCAGACAUUGCAAAGUUGAGACAGCUGAUUGCCCUCUGGGAUGCAGAGGAACGCUCUACUACAAAUGUUUAUAUCGACGAGUCGUCGUACGGCGUCAUCACUCAGCAUAAAAUCAAGCAAUACCUCAAGAACUUUUUCUCGGAGAGGCUCAUGAGUGCUGAGAAUCCCAAAGAGUUCCUCCCUGAAGGAAAGGAGGGCUAUUUAAUGUCAUCUAAGGAGAGAGAGCGUCCUGACAGUAAUAUGUUAGAGUACAACAAUGAAGAACCAAAGGGAGAUGACUCUUCACCCAUGCUUGGGAAGGCUAUCAGUAUGAUCAGCCAUGUGAUUCAGCCUGUGGUUGACACCAUAGAAGUUACCAAAGCAAUGGCCAAAAAAGUCAGGUCAGCGUGGAAGGAUGAAGAUAUCACAGAUUCAGAUAAAGAGGCAGAGGAGGAGUCUGAAAUAGUUGAGGGAGGACCAGUCUCCAGUAUUCUGCCCACUUCAGAGGACCCUGAAGUGAAUGUUCCAUCUGCUUCCCAUUCCUCUUCAUUGUCUGAUAAGGAAAUCAGCAGAGAGGAGGAACAUCAGGAUUUUCCAGUUAUAUCAAGGCUUGCACCAGCAACAGAGGGACCUGCAGAGGAAAGUUCAUCUGCAAACUUGAUCAUGAGCACCGGAAUAGACAGCAAAUACUUUCCUCUGGACAUAUUGGAUGAGGGUGCAGUGGAGGAACUCUGCAGGUUUGAAAAACAGUUGACCCCCAGGCUGUCCCCCAUUUUAGAGGAGACAGGAGAGGCCAAUUCUUCAGCUUCUUCUUCAGCCAACACAUCGAGGUACGCUGGGGUGGCACGUUCUGCUCCCUGUCCGUGUCCUAUUAUAUCCGCCCUUCAAAAGGCAAAUGUCUUCAAAAACGAGAUACCUCUACAUGAAUAUGAGACAGCGGAGAAUCCCUGCGCGCUUGAGGUGAAGUCGUCCCCGCAGCUUUCCACUUCUUCAUUAAAUGUGAUGGAUGAGAAAAUUCCAGAUGCCUCUGAAGAAGCAAGGAAAGAUAGUUGGAUAUCUGAGUCUGGAUCCACCUCUGGGUUGGAUGACACUGGGGUGGCAGAUUCUCCAGUGCCUUCUCCUUCCACCUCCUCUCCCAUAAUUGAGAAAGCCAAAAAUAUCAUCAGCCAUGUCAUUCAGCCUGUUGUUCACACCAUCGACUCAGCCAGCAAAGUUACAAAGACAGCCGGCAAAACCAUUGUUAAAAAAAUGAAGUCCAUGUGGAAAUCUCGCUCUGGCAAGAAGAAGGGCAAGAAAGCCAAAGUCAAGAAUGAGACAAAAGCUGAGAAAGCUUUUCAUCAUGGUAGUUUGGACGAAGAAGAGGAAGAAGAUGAAGAUGAAGAUGAAGAUGAAGAAGAGUCAUUCUCUGGGAUUUCAGGCGCUUUAGAGGAUGGUGAGCUUGGAGGUUCUGCAGAAAAUCCAUCCUCCAUUGUUGAAGAGACAAACCCAAUCACAAGUGACAGCAAAGUAGAGAAACCUCAGAAUAUUUCUGAACAAGUGGCCGUGGAGAAGUUUUGCUUCUUUGAGGAAGAAUCCUGCUCCGGGCUUUCUACUCUUUUGGAAACUGCAACAUCUAAAUCCCAUUCCACCACACCAACUUCAUUCCCCCUUGAGAAGGCAAACAUGAUCAAGAAUACAUGCAGCUAUGAACAACCAACUCCAAAUAUCUCCAAUGAAAAAGCAGAAGAAGAAAUGUCCUGCCAUUCUAUUGGCUUGGCAUCCAUUCCUGACAGUAAACUGGGAGCUACAGAGACAGAUGAAGAGCAAGCCAGUGGGCUCAAUCUUCUCCAGUCUGAGGGGGAUGCAAAUGAGCACAACAUCUACAGUAUCUUUGAGAACAUCUUCAGACAGGAGUUUUCCAAAAAAUUAGAAAAUUCCCUCAGACAAGGUCUCUGUGAUGCUGUCCGUGUAUAUGUCCCUGAAAGGAGCUCAGUGGAAUCCUUAGAGAGUGUUGCCAUGACAGGCAAGCCGAUUUGUAGUGACAUAAAACAGUCCAAAGAGGAGUUUGACGGUUACUCAACUGGUCCGCGAGACUCACCGUACACUGGAUCCACCUCUAUCGCUUCUUCUAGCAGCUACCAGUUGAUAAAAGAGAGAGGAAGCAAGAAUCAAUUAUCAGAUGACACUCUAAAAGAAGACAUGCAACCUGAAGGACUUCAUUCCAAGAGGAAGUCCCUGUGGAAAAGGUGGAAAAUGAGACGUUCAAGGAAGAUACGCCCAAAUAAUUUGGAGGUUGGUUGUUGUCCUGGUACCACUCUCGACACGGUUUCAGACAGCCAAGCCACUAAACCAGCUAUCAAGUCCAUCUUUAAAAAGGUCAAGUCAAUUUGGAAGUAGAGAAACAAGGAAUAAUUCACUUGUGUAAAUAUACUGUAGAAGUGCAGGAACUGAAUAAUUGUUUUACAAUGUGGGUAACAAGAAUGAAGGUUCACACCCCAUUCAAGGGUUUUUAGAAUGCAUACAGUGACUCUGGUCAAUUGUCACUGUCAACUAUUGCUACAUUUUGCUAAUUAUCUAUUGGCCAGCAUUUUAAUGCUGUUGCUUACAUACAAGGAUAUAUGCUGUUGUACACUAUUAACAUGUACUUAAUGGAGUACAGUAAUAAUAUAUUUCUUUAUAUAAAAAGAAUAAGAAAUCUUUGUUUCAUACUUGAGGUGAACAUUUGUUCAUAUCGUGAUGCUGUUUUCUACACGACUCGGCAGUAGGAAUAGGUAGGGUAGCUCCUGUCCUUCAUUCUGACUUAAGAUGCGGCCUUCAAUCUCUUUCAGAUCCUUUCUAAAUCUGUCAAUUAGCUCCAAAGCUCGCCCCUCACUGAAGUGCUGCUCUGUGUAGUCGCCCAAAAAAAUCUAGGUAGAAGACAAAUAUUGAGUGAAUAAAAAGAGGAAGAAGCUAUUUCCAACUUGAAGCCUCGUUGACCUACUGCAUCAGGUUGUGCUCGUCCCAGAUGCCACGUGAUGGCCAUCUGCACACAUGACUGACUGACAUCAGGAAGGGUGGCCAUGAUCAUUUCCAUUGUAACAGCAUCUUUGUCUGUCGGUGGUGGUUGUCUCAUGGUGCAAGGGGUAUUUGGUAUCCAUGCACACCAGUCAAACUACAAAAACAAAAGAGCACAACUUUAGAGUGGAACACAAAGGACGAAGGUUGCAGGAGGUCAUGUUUUGUGUACCUGCCCAUUGUUAGAAGCAGCAUGCUGGACUGUACUGGUGAAGAUGAUCACUGCAAGCAAGGUGGACAGUUCCGCUUUGGUGCUCAGCUCACUAGGAAGACCUGCAAUGCAUUCACCAAAUCAUCUUGAACAUUCUGGUUUCAGAUAGAAAGGUGAGCCUGAACACCAUGAAAGAAAGCUUUUUGGUGCUACAUAAAACUGACCAAAGUUGGGGAGCUCUGUGAAGCCCACUUGUGUGAUGUCUUUGACCCAGGCUUGGAGUUCAGAGUCCUGAUGCACAUCUUGGUCGGACUGAUAGUACAGGCUAACCAUUUCUGAGACAAAACUGAUAGAAUGAUUUUAAAAUUAAUUCUGCAGUGGUUGUUGAAGAACAAUAACACAAACACUAACUACCUGUGUAUUGACUCCCACAGCAUCAGACUGUGUUCUCUGUAAAAAUACUUUGGCAGGUGGGAAACUUCUCGAUCAGCAAAAUCAAGGAAGGGCUGGAGUGAGCGGUAGGUGAGAUCUUUGUACUCUCUCUGGGCCAAAAUGAGCAGACCAUCACCACCUGUAGACGCAACCUACACGACCACCAUGAUGAGAGCCCUCUUUUAUAGUUUUAGCGAUCCAUAUUUGAGCACCGUUUGGUACUGAAUUGAUUGAUUGAUUGAUGUAAGCACAUAUUUCAUGUCUGACCCGUUUAAAGAUGCCAUCUGAUGAGAUGAGCUGAGUGCGCCCCCGACAGUUGAUUUCCAGUGUGUAGCGCUGAUGGGGGGCCAGCAUCUGCAGUGUUGAAAUUAACCAAAUAUAAGCCAGUGUUUUUACAUUGCGGUGCCAUAUAACAUUAGUUCUUUGUGCAUGUGUACCUUAUAAAUGGGAUGUACGGCUGGCAACUGUCUCAGCGUGGCCACACAAAACACCUCCACCACCAAGUGAGUCCUGAGCAGGUGAGAUAGCACCUGGAAGAUCUGGAACUCCGAGUGACGCACCCACAUCUUUGCCAGCAGCCAGGCGAGGGGUGGGUCUUUAGGCAGAAAAAUGGGUGUGUCCAAGCCUGGAAUUUGACCCAGCUAGGGUUUAUAUUGGUUAGUCAAUUUAAGUACUCACUUGUACUUACUGAAGAGUUUGCUGCCAUAUAUAUCACAAGUGACAACAACUAAGUAAUAAAUCGGAAUACAUCGCUAUACAUCAUAUGUUGUUGUUUUCUUACACUAGAAGACAUGAAUGCUUGGUACCUGAAUAGCAAUAGGUAUGAGCCCUUGGUCUGGAUGUUGGUAGAGGAGACAGAGGGGAGCAGCGAUGUAUUGUGGUUUACCCUUGAUUGUGUUGCUGGGAAUCCCCUCCAUGAUGAUAUAAUCUAACAAAUAUAUGUUACCCGCCUGAACAGAGAUGUAUGAGGACUGUCAAGGUAAAUAUUCUAAUGACAUUGCCAAAUGGUGCAUAGAAAGAUGAUACCUUAAGUUCUUUGUUCAGGUUUGUUCUAAGAGGUAAUGAGCUCUGCACCAUGGAAGCUGAGACUGGGAAGUUCUCUGGUAGCCUCUUACACCUGCGGAUCAUUCUGGGGUUUGAGCCAUUUAGACACUGGUAACCAAAGAACCAGUCUUCCUUCCAGUGGUCCAUGCAGUACUCUGAAUCAAAGAAUGAAAAUUCCCAGGUACGUAAAAGGUGAGCUGUAAUUUGUAAAGGAGCAUACUUUCAAGGGAUCUAUCCUACCAGAUAUUGGGCUUCGGAGCUUCCAGAAGAUAUGUUUGAAAUCCUCAAGGUCGUCCCAGGAAUUCCCAAAACGGAUGACGAGUUUCUUAAGCGACAACUCCAACAAGCUGUGGAGAUAGUGAGAGAAUCCCUAAUUUUCAUUAGCAACUUGUUUCCUACCUUGACCUGUGGUGCAGCACUUACGCGAAAUGUAAUGAAUACUCAAAGUCACUCCUCUUCUCGUUGUCAAAACGAGCAUCUUGUGGCAAAUCUGCUUCUGUUUUAGCAUCGAUACAUCGUGGUAUCCCUGUCGCCCAUGUUAGCCAUCUAAUAAAUGACGCACACAAUGACACAAUAAUGUUAGUAAAAGUGAGGAGGAAUUUUCCUUACUUAAUGGGUGUACUGUUUGUGAAGGACCUGUAAGUCUGCUGUCUGUCCUGAAGUUCUCUUUUUCUGUGAGUUUGGAGAAGAGCUAAGGAGUCAUCUCUAUGUGUCUUGGCUGUGAAAAAGAAGUGCAUUUUUAGCAACAGCUUCUUCUGUCUGAUUUGCUGCCCAUUUCCCUACCUGUUCCUUCUCUUAUCUCCACUGUGACAUCUCCCACAAACCAGCGGUAACAAGGGAAGGUCAGCGCUCGGUCUCCAAUUGGAGGAUUCACAGUGACGUAGCGACAGAACCAGUUAUCUUCCACCCAGUAUCGCUCUUUUUCUAGUCUGACAAGUAGCAGAGGGCCGAGAGGGGUAUGGCUGCUUACUUUGUACUCAUCCACCUGAGGGGGCAGGGUCGUCAAUCAAUUCAUGAGGAAUUUCUGUAGCUUUACUGCAUGUUAAGACUGAACGGCUGGCUGUGGACAUACCGCCCCUCGACAAAAGUCUAGGCCUGGGUUGUCCAGUAAAGUGCGCUCGCUUUCCCCCGUCACCCCCACCAGCGUCACAUAGAUGUAGUUGUUGGUGCCUGAAUACUCCGAUGUGCCCGUUGCCAGAGUGACUAUGUAGCUUUCCAUCUGAGGAGAUAGUUGUUGACAUGUAGCAAAUGACACCUGGUGUUGAGUCAAUCAAAUUAAUAAUGAAGAGAAAACUAGUUUCACUGAGAAAUGUCUCCCCUUGCUGGUCAUAGGAAAGAGUGCAGGCUUAGUUCUACAUAUUGGUGUCAUAUAACAGUCUGAUACUCAUGGGUAAAUAGGUUGCAUAAAGAUACUUAUAUGGAGAAAAAAUGUUUUUUAAAUGAUCAAGUAAAUAAUAUCAAGGCAAUAUGAAUGUAUUGUUGAUAUACUUACUGUGCUGUCUGAUGCGAAGAAUCAACAGGAAAACACCCAAAAUAUUCCAGAGUUGCGUAUUUCUGCUUCCCUCUUAGCCUUCGGCACAAUUCCUGCUCCUUUUAACUCUUGCUGCGUUUUACUUUCUGUCUUCUCUUUUUUAUCAAUUGCAUUUAACAUUUCAUCUGGGUAAUGGUCUUUUGUUGUUAGCAGGAAAGCAAUCUUUGAGGUUCGCUUGUUUUAAUGUCUUUCUCUUCCUUACUGCACUCUAGAACACACCCACCCAACCAUUCCUUUGUGAAGUGUGUGAGUGUAGUAUCACU